AUGUACACCAUAUCAGCCAUCACUGAAACACUGAGCGAUCGUAGGGAUACCUCCUUGAUAAGAGGAACAGAAUUUCAUCUGAAUCCCAGAGCCCAGCUCGAAAUCCGCAUGAAUCCGCCAAAGAGACUCCUUCGGGAACACAAUUCAUUCCCAUUCAACAGAACGUAUUCGACCGCUGACUGCUUGAGCCCACGACCAAUGCAGGAUGUUCACAGGGUUGUGUUGGCCGUGUUACGUCUACACUCUCAAGAACAAUACAUGCAGAAAGUUCCACCAUGGCGGUUGCCGAGGCAACGGAAAUAG